CGCAUCUUUACCAUUUCAUAUUUUAGUGGUGGAUGCCGGUCUAUGUGUUUGUGCGUUAAUUUUUUCUACAAGAAUAUAUUGAAAGAAAAAAUGUGCGACGAAGAUGUUCCGGCCUUAGUAGUGGACAAUGGAUCAGGGAUGUGUAAAGCUGGAUUUGCUGGGGAUGAUGCUCCCAGAGCUGUGUUUCCUAGUGUUGUCGGGAGACCUCGUUAUCAGGGUGUUAUGGUCGGCAUGGGACAGAAAGAUUCUUAUGUCGGAGAUGAAGCCCAAACAAAGCGAGGUGUAUUAUCUGUCAAAUAUCCUAUUGAGCAUGGAAUAAUUAGUAAUUGGGAUGAUAUGGAGAAGGUAAGGAAAUCUAUGGUAAAAAAUUGAUUUGUUUUUGACAGAUCAGUUUCAUAAAAAUACAGUCACA